AUGUCGGAGCUACGCUUUGAUGGCCAGGUUGCCGUUAUUACAGGCGGAGGAACCGGCCUCGGAAUCGGGUACGCCAAGCUUCUUGCCUCUAGGGGUGCAAGCAUCGUCGUCAACGACGCGGCCACAGUGAGUUGCCGUCAGGGUCUGCCAAAUACAGCUGCGAAUACAGUAGUGAAACAAAUCAUUGAGACCGGCGGCAAAGCAGUAGCCAACUACGACAGUCUAGAGGAUGGAGCCAACAUCAUCCAAUCCGCCAUCUCUGCCUUUGGCCGCAUUGAUAUCCUCAUCAAUCAUGCAGACCUGGCUCUAGAUGCUGCGUUUGAGAAUCUUUCGGACCUAGACUGGGACCUCGUCAAUAAUGCAGUCGUCAGAGGAGCAUACAAGACCACACAGGCUGCCUGGCUGCAUUUCCGUUCUCAGAAGUCUGGUCGAAUUAUCCUGACCAGUUCUGCGUCUGGGCUCUAUGGCAGCCUGGGUGAAACCAAUACCUCCGCAGCUAAGGCCGCCAUGGUCGGCUUUGGAAAGACCUUGGCCAAAGAGGGUGCGAAGUACAAUAUCUUGACAAACAUUAUCGCUCCAAUUAUAGCCACGGAUCAGCUGCCUGAUGCAACAAUACCUCUCGUGUCUUUGUUGGUGCACCAGAAAAACAAUGUUGAAAAUGGCUCCGUCUUUGAAGUUGAUGCUGGCCAUAUCUCAAAGGUGCGGUGGGAGAGAGCACAUGGAGCUGUUCUCAAGUGUGACGACUCCAUGACUCCGGGAGCGAUUCUGGAGAGGUGGACUGAUAUCAACGACUUUUCGCAAUCCGAGUAUCCCAAUAUGACGGCAGACAUGAUGAAACACCUGAAAGUAUCGCAACAGAUGAAAAGUAAUCGCGCUGGACCGGACAUUCGAUUCGUCGGCAAAGUGGCUGUAGUCACCGGCGGAGGUGCUGGUCUGGGUCGAGCCUAUUGCAUCCAGUUAGCCAAGCGUGGCGCAGCCGUCGUCGUCAACGACCUUUCGGACCCACAUGCAGUUGUCGAAGAGAUCCAGGCCUUUGGUGGAACUGCGGUAGCAAAUACGUCUUCAGUUGAAGAUGGAGAUGCUGUGAUUAAGACGGCCAUCGACAACUUUGGCAGAGUCGACAUCUUGAUCAAUAACGCGGGGAUUCUCCGAGACAAGUCGUUUCAGAACAUGAACGAUAAGUUAUGGAAUGACAUUAUGCGUGUUCAUCUCCGUGGAACCUACAAGUGCACUCGAGCUGCAUAUCCGUAUAUGAUCAAGCAGAAGUACGGCCGCAUCGUGAAUACCUCUAGUACUAGUGGUAUUUACGGCAACUAUGGUCAGACGAAUUAUGCUGCAGCGAAAACAGCCAUGCUCGGGCUGGCUGCAUCCCUAGCAAUCGAAGGCCAGGAGCACAAUAUUACUAUCAACAGCAUCGGACCAUCCGCAGGUACGCAGCUUACACGGACUGUUCUGAGCGAAGAACUGGUUAAGGCACGGAAGCCGGAUUUCGUAGCGCCUCUAGUUCUGCUGCUCUGCUCAGACAAGAUCCCCAACGGAGUUACCGGCCAAAUCUUUGAGGUUGGAUGCGGAUGGCAGGGUCAGACGAGAUGGCAACGAUCGGGUGGCUACAGGUUCAAACCCGAAGCUGUACCUACUCCAGAACAGAUUCUCAGUUCUUGGAAUGCCGUGACCGACUUCACCGACGGAAGCGCACACCACCCUGGACUUGGAAACACCAGUCAGCCUCAGCCACUGGCAGCGGAUUAUUACAGGGGCGUUAUCGAGAAAGCCAAGAAGGCCAAGGCGGAUGGGACGAUAUUUUCGUAUACAGACCGAGACGCCAUCCUGUACAACAUUUCGCUUGGUGCCGACAGAAAUCAUCUUCCGUUGGUGUACGAAAACGCAACAGACUUCCAUGUCUUGCCUAGCUUCGGUGUUAUUCCAGGGACUACUGCUGCUCGGCCAUUUAACCUGGAGCAGCUCGUUCCGAAUUUCAACUUCAAGAUGCUUUUACAUGGCGAGCACUUUCUUGAGAUUCGCAAGCAUCCAAUUCCAACAUCCGCAACAUUGGUUUCGUAUCCCCGGCUGAUCGAGAUUCUGGAUAAGGGCAAAGCAAGUGUUGCGAUAAUUGGUACCACGACUAAGGAUGCUGUAACUGGAGAGGAAGUUUUUUACAACGAGCUGUCUCUUUUCUUGCGAGGAUCUGGCGGAUUCGGCGGCCCAACCAAGAGAACUGACAUCGUUUCCGCCACCAUAUCUACUGCUCCUAGCGGUAGGCCGGAUCUGACUGUUGAUCAAACGACUUCGCCAGAUCAAGCCAUUCUUUACCGAUUGAAUGGUGACAGAAACCCCCUACAUAUCGACCCGGCUGCAAGCACCGCUGGCGGGUUCAAAAGCCCGAUUCUGCAUGGUCUCUGUAGUUUCGGAAUUGCUACGAAACAUGUCGUGGGCGAGCUCGGUCCCAUUAAGAACAUCAAAGCUCGCUUUGUGGGCACGGUCACACCUGGCGAAACAUUAGUGACGGAGAUGUGGAAGGCUGGCAAUACUGUCUCUUUCCAGACACGGGCCAAGGAGAGUGGGAAGCUGUGCAUCUCUCAUGGCGGCGCUGAGUUAUUGGGAACUCCCGCAUCUCAUCUUUAA